CCCCCCCCCAAUUCUUUGUUGUCGGUUCCGAUCGAAAAACGCCAUGGGAACUUGACCAACUGCUCACCCGGCAAUCCCCCAGACUCGACGAGCACCCGAUUCUCCGUGCCACCGAAGCGAGAGCCCUGGCGGACCAGUCUCUCGCACCCUCUCGAGCCGGCUACAGCUGAGAGAGGCGGAAAAGGGGGCGACACCAUUUCCGGCGGCGAUUCUGCCGGUCUCCUUCCACUCCGAUGGCCGGAGAGCCGUCGGAGAGGGAGUGAGACCGCGGGAUUGCCAUGCGGAUGUAUAUAGGGUAGGUAGUUGUGCUCGCCGUCGAUCGUCGGAGGCGGAGCUAGGUUUUGCCGAGGGGGUGUUCCUCUGCGGCUUGGCUUUCCUAGCGGCGUCGAUGAGGCGAUGGCGACGGCGGCGCAGGGGAAUAAGGUUUCCAGGCCUCUUCCUCGCCCCGGUGUUGCUCUGCUCCAGCUUCAUCGGCGAGGUCGUGGAGUUCUGCUUCGGAGCCUGCGGUCAGUGAGUCUCCCUUCCUAACUGAUGGGGUGGCUGCUGGCCUUCUUUUGCUUCAAGGAUGCAGCGACCGCUGCGGGUGGUGUGGCUGUUUGGCGGUGGAUUCCAACUCGGUCUUCCCUCGACGGUGGUCGUCGACGGUGAGGUUGGAUCCAGGACUUGAGGAGUUGGGGUGUGUCCCCGGUCGAUGGGCGUUUCGCAGAUGGCUUCUUACACUGCGACUCCAACAAAAGCCUGUGUGUGAUGAGCUUGUCCGGUUCAUGGCGGUAGUCGGUUUCUUCUCCGGCGGCGAUGUCCGGCGACGACGAGUUCAAGUGUUGGCGGUUCGUGAAGGUUCCAGGGGUCUCUUUGUAAUUUUCAGUUUGUUCAGGGUCCUUUGCGUAGCUUGGUGGAAACAGAUGUUCAUGUAUCCUUCAUGUAUGUUUCUGUAUUUCUUUGUGUAUUUGUACUUUAUUCUUAACUAAAGGAAUACAGAAGCAUAUUAUAAAAAAAAACUGCUCACCCGGCGUUGCUUAAGUAGGAUCACAUCAGAACUCCGGCGCUCUCACGCCCCCCGCUUGCCUGUGCCAAGCUGUAGCUAACAAGUGACAAGUGAGGAAAGGCCAAGCCACUGCCCAGGAUGUCGCCGCCGCGGCCGCACUUCCUGGUGCUCACGUUCCCGCUCCAGGGCCACAUCGCGCCCGCGCUCCGCCUCGCCAGGCGGCUGCUGGCCGCCGCGCCCGACGUGCUUGUCACCUUCUCCACCGCCGAGGCCGCGCACAGCCUCAUGUUCCCGGCCAAGUCGACGGAGCAUGGAGGGGACGACCCCCGCCUCGAGUUCCGCCCGUUCUCCGACGGCACGGAGGCCGGUGACUCCCGGAGCAGCGACGACGACGGCGACGCCGGGUCGCUCACCACCAAGAUGGCGUCCUUCCACGCCGCGGGCGCGCGCGGCGUCGCGGGGCUCCUGGACGCGCUCGCGGCGCGGGGCCGCCCGGUCACCCGCGUCGUGUACACGCUCCUGCUCCCGUGGGCGGCCGGCGUCGCGCGGGAGCGCGGCGUCCCGUCCGCGCUCUACUGGAUCCAGCCGGCCGCCGUGUUCGCCAUCUACCACCACUACUUCAACGGCCACGCCGCCGGCGUCGUCGCCGAGCACCGCCACGACCCGUCGUUCGUCGUGGAGAUCCCGGGCCUGGCGCCUCAAACGAUCGGCGACCUGCCCUCCUUCCUCACCGACUCCACCGACCCUUCCGAUGCCCUCCACAGCAUCUUCACCACGAUCCGCGACCUGAUCGAAUCGCUUGACAAGGAGAGGCCCAGGGCCACCGUCCUUGUCAACACGUGCCAAGAGCUCGAGGCGGGCGCCCUCGCUGCCAUGGGAGCGCACGACGUGCUCCCCGUCGGCCCCGUGCUCCCGUCCGGCGACGAAGAGGCCGCCGGCAUCUUCGAGCACGACGACGCCAGGUACAUGGAGUGGCUGGACACCCAGCCGGCGAGCUCCGUGGUGUACGUCUCCUUCGGCAGCCUGUCCACGAUGGCGAGGGAGCAGUUGGACGAGCUGCUCCGGGGCCUCGAGGAGAGCGGGAGGCCGUACCUGUGCGUCGUCCGGAAGGACAUCAAGGCCGCGCUCGGGGAGGCCGAGGCGGCGGAGAUGGUGGGCGAGCGCCGCCUCAGGAACGGCGUCGCGGUGGAGUGGUGCGACCAGGUGCGGGUGCUGUCGCACGCGGCGGUGGGGUGCUUCGUGACGCACUGCGGCUGGAACUCGGUGCUGGAGAGCGUGGCGAGCGGCGUGCCCAUGGCGUGCGUGCCCGGGAUGUCGGACCAGCGCGUGAACGCGCAGCUCGUCGUGCGCGACUGGCGCGCCGGCGUGCGCGCGCGGGUGGACGGCGGCGGCGUGCUGCGGGCGGCGGAGGUGCGGCGGUGCGUCGAUGAGGUGAUGGGGGAUUCGGAGGCCGCGGCGGAGGUGCGGCGCAUGGCGGGGGAGUGGAAGCGGGCAGUCGCGGAGGCCAUUGGAAAAGGAGGCUCGUCGGAGCGUAAUCUUGUGGCGUUUGUGGAUGGAGCAAGGAGUGACUUUUGAAGAUUUGUGCCAUUUCCGUGAAUUGCAAGGAGAAUACAUAUGUUCAUUCAUGGAUUCCUCCAUGGACUUCAGGUCUUCAGUACUUGAGUACUGGGCUCUCAACUCCGUCUUCUUCUCUGGCGGCUUGCCUAUGUUCGUGUAGCUUGAUGAGCGGUCCAGGCGUGGGCGCGCCUGGAUCGGUGACGGUGACGGUGACUGUGUGGUGUGAGAAAAAAAUAUUGUUACCUGUCUGGUGGCUGGAGUUAUGUGAGAAUAAAAUACUUUUGGCUGGCUGGAGGAACCAAA